UUCCUCAUCUUCCGGUAUACCAAUGAUGGGAUCCGAACUCAGAUUUUCCGGCGUUGACCGUCAACAUUCGCCUCGACGGCCGCAAACAUUUUCAGACCCCAAUGUAAUAAGAAGAGCUCCACCAUAUGAUGUUUCAAGUCAGGCCGAAAUAUUGAUGAAUACACAAAAGAAACAACAAAACGAACAACUUCAGAGGUUUGCUGGUCUUGGUGUAGGGUUGGCAAGUGUGUUAGCUGAAAAUGUUCUUUCCCAUCCUUGUAUUGUGCUCAGAAGACAAUGCCAGGUUCAUCACCAGUCUAUGAACUAUCAUUUGACUCCAUUUACUCUAGUGCCAGUGAUAUGGCGAAUACAGACAAGUCAGAGUAUGACCUGUCUGUGGAAGGGUAUUGGAAGUGUUUUCAUAGUGAGAGGGAUUGGACUUGCCAGUGAAGGUGUCCUAGCAGAAUUUACGCCAUUUCCAAAGGAAGUUUCAAGACAUAGCUCACUCAAAAAAAUGGCCCAACAUUUAUUGUUAAAAGGACUAUCCUUGAUCAUCACUGUUCCUUUUGCUGCGGCCAGCCUUGUGGAAACUGUUCAGAGUGACAUUGCCAGUGAACGCCCAGGUAUAUUUGACUGUCUGAAGGAGGGCUUGGCAAGGCUAGUGGGUGUUGGCACCCCCCAUACCACCAGGAUAUUACCCAUCUGGAAGUUAGUCGUCCCUUCAGUAUUUCUUGGACUUACCCAUUACAUAACCAUGGCCAUAGCUCAAUAUACAGCCCUGCAUACAAUGAAGACAGAAAAAGAGGAAGAAAUGGACCCAAGGCAUGAGGAUCAGCUACAGCAUGCCCAGAGAAGUAUUUAUGAGACCUACUUCCCAGAACUCCUGGCUUCCUUCACAGCUAAUCUGGUAGCAGAUGUGAUGUUGUUCCCACUAGAAACCAUGGUAAACCGGCUGUUCAUGCAGGGCACCCGCACCAUCAUAGAUAAUACAGACAAUGGACUGGAGGUGGUACCCAUCACCACUGCAUAUGAUGGACUUUUUGACUGCUUUAAACAUAUUGUAAAGGAGGAGGGCUUUUUUGGAUUCUACAAAGGGUUUGGUGCUCUCUGCUUGCAGUAUAUGCUGCAUGCUACCAUACUGAAAUUGUCAAGCAUUUUACUGGAGAACAUUGCCGGCCACAGCCCAAAUCCCCAACCCAAGUCCAGACCUGAGGACCCCAACAGAUACCAAGAGUUAGGGGCUGGUGAGGUCCCUGGGGCACAGAGGAGUGCUUCACCUAGGUACUAAGAAAGGCCUUCUGCAGGCUGGCAACCAUAAUAAUUAAGAAAUGAUCCAAAGAAUAAACACCUGUACCCUAGGAGGAAUUAGGAAGGCAUUUAAUGAUAGGUUCAAAGAACCUUAUGAAAAUAAGUCUCUUAAAUACAUGUGUAUGGUUUGCAGGAUGUAAAUAUAUGGAAUUUAUUCAGUGAAAUUGUGUUUAAGUUAAGAGAGAGAGAGAGAGAUUUCAUUAUUGCCAUUUAAAAACAUAUGUUUUCAAAUGCCAUAUGGUUGGUGUGAUUUUUUUCUUUUUGCUUCAUGGAAUUUGAAUUCUUUUUAAGACACCAUUAGAGCAAAUAUUGUAAAGAACUUAUAUGGAUAUUUAUUACACCAAUAUUUUUUAAUGUUUUGUUUACUGAUAUGGUGCUGAGAAACUAAACAUUCUAUAAAAGUCUAUGUAACUAAUAAUUAUACCACUAAUAAUUUACUGAUUAUGUGAUAUGGAGGUAAGUGUGUUGUCGUCUUUCAUGUAAAAUACCACUUAGAAUGUAUUUCUAUUAAUAAACUAUUUUGUUGCCAUUUUAGGUAAUUUUUUUUAGGCAGUUAAGCUUCUUUUGCUCUAUAUGACUAGACACUAAUAUAAGUAUCUGAACCUAUAGACGUCACCUGUGUCUGUUGUCCCUAACUCAACAGAAAAACCAUUUAACUUAUUGUUCUCAAAUUUACAGAAUGAUUAAGGACCAAAAUACAGCAGUUUUAAACCAGCCCUGCACUUUUUUCUGAAUGUCCACAGUAACAGUCAUAUAUAACCUAAAUGUGGUGGUCAUUAUGCUUUUGGAUAUUAUGUAAUGUUGCAUCAGAAUUGAUGAGCAUUUUGUUUUCUUAUUGCAAUAGAUGGAAUGUGUUAUUUGUUAUCCUAAAACUUACUGUAACAGUUUUUUCACAAGCCUAAAAUACAAUCAACCUGAUUGCAUUCCUUCUCUUAAAGUUAAGAGGUUUUCAUAAAUUGUCAUUUUGUGAGUAUUGGUUUAAAGUCAUAUGGGCUUGAAGCCCUGUGCUUGUUACACUUUCAAAAUGGCAACUCAGUAGUGUAAAAAUCAAAAUUGGUCGUUCUUACGGCUUAUGCAGUAUGUUAUAUUGCAUCAUAAUUGACAAAAACAUUUUGUGCACUGACAUUGUUAAGUCGUUUGUUGUCAUUUUGGACUUAAUGUUACUGCUAUUGUUUUCACAAUCUUUAAAAAUGAAAGUGCUAUGU